UCUUUAUCGUAAUCGUCUCGUAAUCUUCAUUAAGAAGAUUACGACGAUAUGAUUUGUUGAACCUGCUGGAAAUUCUAAUUCUAUACAUUCGAACGGAUCGUCAUCUAUUUUUAUAUGACGCACUUCUUCGAAAUCAGCGUGGCUUUACGCCUCAGUCCCAUCGCUACUCGACGCAUCGCUGAGAAAGUGGCCUUGUGGCGUCGGGUGAGUUUGACUCGACUACGGGCACGUACGCAUCGAACGUUGCUCCCCUCUCGGCGUGUCGUCACGAAGAGAUCCGUCCAAACGCGCUACAGCAGUCGACGUGUGCGAUCGUUUCGUAGAGCAACGUUUCCAAACCGUAUUCCGUGGAGCACCGAUGCUUCGAUGCGACGCGAACAAGUGUUCCGUACAAAUUUAUAAUCCGUAUCUCAUUCCUCUACUUUUCGAAACAAAGUACAACCAGUCCUCGAUAGUGUUUCUGUAGGUGGAAUAUCGGAGAUUCCAACUAGGUACGACAAACGUAACCGAAGUUCGUAUCACGAAGGUGGACAAACGUAACAUUCUCGAGAGGUUGAAGAAGUUUUUGGAAACGCCGCACGUGGAAAAUUUCACCGGAAAUAUCCGUUACGUUCGAAAGAGACGCGAGUCAUCGUCCAUCGCCCAUCGUCCGUCGUGAGAGAACGGCAACGACCGUGUGGCGUCGGUGGCUGCGCAAGCACGAGCAAACCUCGCCCGUGGCAUGCCGAGAUCUGGCAACAUGGUUUGAGCAAACGCCUCGCUACCCACUUGCCAGAUGCACGCGUACACGCGACCGGUGUCUGGCCGACCGACGAUAGCCGUCCGAGAAGCGCCUUUGUGUACUCGUGGCUCCUCAGUCGGUCGUUGAGCGUGGUCAUUUACGGUCCGCCAUACUUCUAUUCCGUUUCGCCCGUUCCAACGCCAGUAGCCGUCCGUGAAUCGAGAACCUUCGAACGCGAACCAACGUGCGCAAACGAUCGACGCGCGUCUCGAACUGCUUCCGAGCGAACAAACCACGUUUCGUCCUCGCGGAUCCAACCGUCGAUAACUAUGAUGUCGAAUCCCGACCUGGUCGGUUAUACGCACGAUUUCCUCACGGAAUUCAUCCACCUCUACCGGAGCUACCCCUGCUUGUGGCAGGUCAGGUACAGGGGAUACAAAGACAGGUUGCUGAGAAACCGCGCUUACGACGCCCUCGUGCAGAAAUUGAGGGAGGUAAAUCCGCUGGCGGAUAGAGAAACCGUCAUACGAAAAAUCAACACUCUCAGAACUGCAUUCAGACGAGAAUACAAGAAGGUGAGGAGUUCUCAGAGGAUGGUGAAGAAUCCUCGGCAACGGUACAGGUCCUCCUUGUGGUACUACGAUAUUCUCAAGUUCGUCGCCGAACAGAACGAGGGAACGUCUUUGGAUGUCGAGAAGGACACCUUUAAGAACGACUCGAUGCCUGCCGAUGGCUACCACGAGGAGAUGUUUGUUCAAGCCGACGUGAGCAAGAUCGAACCACCGUCGCCGGUAGCGAGCCCGGAGCCUUCUCCGGAUCCCACGUUCCAGCCCGUGAUCCUGGAAACCGAGGGAUCGUACGCGAGACGAAUCUCGUCCUCCGUGUCGGCCGUCGACACGCUUCGAAGAAAGCACCAACAAGAUGGCUUCCAAGAUCGUCAAACAAAAGAACCGAAUCACGACGUUUCGUCGAGGCAAUUCGCCGCCUGCGUGUCGGACGACGAGUUUGAAACGUUUGGUCGUUACGUGGCGAGCAAACUGAGGAAGUCUAUGCCCCGUCAGAGCAUCAUCGCCGAGAAAGUGAUCGCCGACGUCCUCCUAAGAGCUAAUCUCGGCACCUUGGACGAAUCUACUUCUAUCACGGAGAAAGUACCGUCCCGAUGUUUUUUGGUGAUGGGCGAUCGUUGAAUCGUUUCUUUUUUUUCCAACGAAACCGAUCGCUGCGGACCACUCGUGCGGGAUUUCCACGUGCAAAGGUUCUUGGACGCCAUUUUUAACCGUUUGAUUUACUUUUAAGAUCCUUUUUCUUUUCUUUUUUUUUUUCAUUUUCACUGCUUCUCCUUUGCGUUAAAACUAUUAAAGACGAAAUCAUCGUCUUUGCAUGUGAAAAAUCUGCAUCUUUCACGUGAUUCUCGUUUUAGAAUAUUAUCUGUGAAAUUAUUUGUUAUUUUAGAUAUUUAAGGAAUCGUUGUUACGCCAGGUGUCUACUUGAGAGUUUUACUCUCGAGAGUAGUUUCCUUGACGAACCUUUGACAAGUUUCCUUGACGAACUUUUAUAUCGAAAUAGAAAUUAAUAAAAUUGGUAAAAUCCAAAUGAGCGAUCGAUAAGUCUUUUUUUGUUACAUUUACUUGUAAUACGAUGCGCUGUGUGUAUAUCACUUUUUUUUUAUCGGACUUCUUCAGUGGUUGAAGCGUGAAAUUACUUUGGUAAUUAUAGUAUUAGCCUACUAGCCUACUAUUAUGUAAGUUUUUAAUAAAAUCUAUAUUCCUCG